CUCACUGUUUUUUGGAGGGCUGCCCUUACACGCAGUCCAGUCAACCUCAAUUUUUGUCUACUCUGUCCCUGUUUUCCAUUCAGCCUCUGUUGCGCUAGGUCCUGUCACCCCCCUAUGACAGGCCCUUACACACUCUCUUCUAGGGCUCAUCAAGACUCAUCUGUGUAUAGAUGUGAGCCCGUCCUCUGUCGGUACGCUUGCUGAUCCUUCCUUGUCAUCCGCCACGCCGCCACCCAUGGGAUACUAUAUGAACAAGCUGGUCGGCAUCGCCAAGCGACAAGGCCACCUGAUUUAUUGUAAGGACUCGUCCGAUACCUGCAAGUCGAAGGCCACGGCAAUGAUCGCUUGCGACGAUCACUCUAGCCCUCCGAAGAGCAAGCUUACAACAAUGCAUAAUCGCGCCGCCUCUUCACUCCCCCUCAUCGAAACUGACCUUGCGACUGCGCACCUCGUUGCUGGCGCUGCUGCGUGCGCUUGCGCUCCGGUCACGCCCGCUGCCGCUUCCGCCCGCCACGACACUGUCCAUCCACGCCUCGGCCUGCUGCCCGAGCGCGGCCGCCUCGAGCCAAUUACUCUGUCCGCGGGCAGCCGCGAAGCGCUCGCGGCGCUGCUCGGAGCGCUGCUCAGGGCGCUGGUCGUUGCUCUUGGCUCUCUCGACGCGUUGAGUCUCCCGGGCAGCGCCAUUGCUCUUGGCGGACCCCACGCGAGAGUCCUCUCUGUCAGAGUCAGGCCCAGACUUCUCAGAGCUGUCAUCGACGUGCGCAGCGCUUUUGUUGGAGGCACGGCUACGCCCCCCGUUCUUCGUGGUCUUCCUUGUCGUCGGCAUGCUGGCCUCCUGCUCGGCCACAAUGAUGGCGUCCAUGUUCUCCUCCAUGAUGUCCAGUAUUUCUGAUGUCAGCGUUGGAAUCUGAACGGCUCACCCUUGAAUGUCUUGCCCUCGACCGGUCCGAUAGUCGCGAGCAUGCGCUUCCACGUCGCCUGGGCACCUUUAGAGUGACUCUUGGCAAAGUUCGACACGUCGCGCCACACAAUG